AUGCUCCCGAAGCUCAACACCACGACCUCACAAACUCAAACAAUGGAAUCUCCAUCAACGCCAUACCCAAUGCCUCCGGGCUUACACGCUAUCCCAACAGAACAAUUAGAUCUCCGUCCAGACUCAGAAAUCGACCAUGACAUCCUGCACCCCAAACCCAUCACCAGCUCCAAGAACAUCUUCUUCUUCUGGCACACGGGCUACCCAUCCAUGCACCUCUACACUCAACGCACGGUCCGAGCCUGGCACCGCCGAUUCUCAAAAGCUGGAUGGAGUAUCUACGUGAUAGACAGACAGCCCGGCUCUCCACGCAACAUCGACAGAUUUCUUGAUGUCCAUGAUGCCAAGCUAUUCCCGCAAGCUUUCGCAGAUGGGACGUUGACCGGCACGUACGCGGUUCAGCAUACGAGCGAUCUUGUUCGCUUGCCGCUGCUGUUGACUUAUGGUGGUGUGUAUACGGAUGUCGGAUUCAUGCAAAUUGGCGAUUUGGAUACCCUUUGGAACAAGACUGUCGGUGAUUCGUCGUCACCCUAUGAACUCCUUUCGUACCAUGGCGGAAGUGCAGACGAGUACAGUCUUACGAAUUACUUUCUAUGUUGCGAGCGAGGCAACCCGCUUUUUGAACGUGCGCAUCGAUUGCUGUUGAAGCUGUGGGAGGGGAGGACGAGUACGGAGGGGAUGCAUGCGAGCCCACUAUUGAAGGGAGUGCCGUUGAUGGGUGGAAGUUUUUCGAUUGAUGAUGAGCAGGGGAAACACGAUGCGGAGGAGUCGAGUCGGAUGUUGACGGAUUAUAUCAUCCAAGGCCAAGCCAUUUCGAUGGUAAUGGGAUUGGUGGAUGAAGAUGAAGGCUGGAACGGUCCUGAAUAUGUGAGGGAUCAUGUCUACGCCAUCGAAUUUAUGGUAGGAGCGCAACUCAUCAAUGAUCUGACCAAAUGGGAUGGGAGGAAAGCGUUUGAUCUGAUGAGCUUGAAGCUCCCAGAGGCUGGAGAGGAAGAAAGUGAUGAGCAAGCGGUGGCUCGGGAUAUUGUAGAGCAGUGUUUGACGAGGAGCUACGGAUUUAAGCUUGCGCAUGGCAUGAUCCUUAGAGUUUACCAAGAUACUUUGGGGAGUCUGUGGAGGAAGAAUGACGGAAGUGAUGUGGUGAUCGGUACAUAUGCACACUGGUUGAGGUACGCCAUGGUUUAUUGGUGUCCAGAUAAGCUGCCAGGGAGGGAACAGUUUACAGUUUCGAAGCCGAUCAAGGUCGGACCACUUUUGAAAGGAGCUUAG